AUGUCUGGCUUCUUCACAAAUGAGACAGAACAAGCUUUCAAAUUCCAUAAACUCUUGCAGCAGCGCAACAUCGACCUAAGGGCCAUAACAAUUGACAGCAGCAACUACACCACUGAUAGUGAUAUGCAGUACAAAGGCUUCCACUAUGCAAUUGCUGAAGUCAAGAAUGAGAUAGGGUUUACAAAGGCCCAACCCCACAUGCAAGUCCUUUCAUAUUAUAUACAUUCCAUGACCUCUUUCUCAAAGGAGAAGCCUGCAUUUAAAUUUCCCUGUAUAGCAAUCACACUCUUCAGGUCACACAUUGAUUUCUCAACUGCUGUUUGA